UUGAACUUUGAACAAGUCCCAAGGAAGAUUCUUCAAAAAAGUCAGAUUCUAUAAUUUCCUUGAAGUUUUUGUCGUUGUGCAAUUGGGCUUGGGACCAAUGAUAUAGGUGAAAAUCAUAGAAAAUCAAAGUUCAAAUUUCAAUUGAGAUAAAAAAUAAUAUUAUUAUUAGUAAUUUUCUCAUCUGUCUAAACUUUAGUGUGAUUAAUCUCUGAAGGGGCAAGUAACACGAGGAUAAAAUAUGAGAAGAUCGCUCGAGAUGGCUUGCUCAAGUUGUUUAUCGACUCUAAGUUUUGUCUUAUUCAUUAUCGUGAUGAGUUGAUAUGAGAUUAAAUGAGAAGUGAGGACUCAUAUAGUCGAUUCUAAAUUAUUUGGAACUAGGACAAAAGUAUUACUAUUAUGGUUCAUCUCUUAGCCCGGUCCCUUCAUAUAUGACACAACAACCGCCAACCAAAAGUCUAAUUUUAUACUAACAAAAAUGAGAAGUGCUACUACCACUGCCUUCUCUUUGUUGGUCUAUUUCUUAUUGGUAGCAUUUUCAUUGGGUAAUAACAAGAAUGGUUCAAUAGAUGAUGAUUGUAACAUGAUAAUGUGGAGAAUAGGAGCAAUCUUUGAUCCAACAACAAGAGUUGGUAAAGAGCAAAAGGUGGCAAUGGAGAUUGCAGUUGAUGAAUUUAAUAGCCGAAAUUCCAAAUGUUCAGAGUUAGUUAUCAACUUUGCUUAUUCCCAUGCUCCUGCAGCUUCCCUUGCAAAUUAUCUUGUCAACAAGAAGCAAGUACAUGCCAUCCUAGGACCAUUGACACACCAAGAAGCUGCUCUAUUUUCUGACUUUGGUGAUGAAGCCUACAAAGGCAUCCCUAUUAUUUCUCUAAGUCCAGCUGUCUCAUAUUCGACAAUACUACCCACGGAACCACCUUCACUUAUACAAAUGAGUAGUGAUGUUAACUCACAAAUGCAAUGCUUUGCUGCCUUAAUUGGAUAUUUCAAGUGGAGAAAGGUGAUAGCUUUUUAUGAAAUUAGUAACAGUUUCUCCAAUAUGGAUGUUGGACUGAUCACUCACCUUUCUGAUUCACUCAAAGUUGUUGACUCCUCUAUUGAACAUCAUUUAGCUUUUCCUCCUUUGUCCUCUCUUUCGAGUUCAAAAUCAUUCAUUCAAGAAGAGCUGGUGAAGUUGAGAACCAAGAAUGUUAAAGUUUUUGUGUUGAUACAGUGUUCUUUAGACUUUGGUUUAGUUCUUUUUGAGAUGGCAAAUGAAAUGGGAAUGAUGGGGAAAGAUUAUGUAUGGAUUAUUUCAGACAAUAUGGCAAGUCUUCUCGACUCUGUUGAACCUUCUGCUUUAUUAAAUAUGCAAGGUGUGAUCGGGUUUAAGGCAAAUGUUAAUGAAAAAAAUGACUCUUUUGGUGAGUUCAAUGUUAAGUUCAGGAGAAAGUACAGAUCAGAAUAUCCUGAAGAAGACGGAUAUCCUAGUCCUAGCUCAUAUGCUCUCAAGGCUUAUGAUGCAACAUGGGCAACUGGUAAGGCCAUGCAGAAGUUAUCCAAAAGCAAUUCAAGUGAACUAAUGAAAAGCAUCUUGUUGAGUGAUUUUGAAGGUUUAAGUGGGAAAGUUAAUUUCAAGAAUGGCAAGUUAUAUCGAAACCAAACCUACAGGAUCAUUAAUGUGUUUGGCAAAAGCUACAGAGAAGUGUCAUUUUGGACACCAGAGUUUGGUUUUUCUGAUCUAGUUGAAUCCAAUGAGAUGAAAAUGAGAAUUGAAAACGGUUUAGGAUGGGCUUUGGGGUCAAUUUUGUGGCCUGGUGGUAAGCAAACUGUUCCAAAAGGGUGGACUAUAGGAGGCGUGGAUAAACCACUAAAGAUUGGGGUACCUGCAGGAGGUGUAUUUAAUCAGUUUGUGACAAUUAAGUUUAACCAAGAGAGAAAUGAGACUCUGAUUAGUGGAUUUUCAGUUCAUGUUUUUGAAGCAGUAGUGAGGCAACUUCCAUAUUAUCUGCCCUAUGUUCUUGUUCCCUUCUAUGGUACUUAUGAUGAUAUGGUGGUAGGAGUUUCAAACAAGAGUCUGGAUGCAGCAGUAGGUGAUACAGAAAUAAUGCCUUAUCGCUAUGAGCUUGCAGAAUUUUCACAGCCCUAUAUUGACUCGGGACUUGUCAUGGUAGUGACUGAAAGACCAAGACUCAAAAAGGCCCAUUUUAUUGUUAUAAAAGCCUUCAAGUUGAAGUUGUGGAUUCUUCUGGCUGUGAUGAGCAUGUCCACAGGGGCUGUCAUCUGGUUAAAUGAGUACGUAAGUGACAACCCGGAUUUCAGUGGUUCUUUCCCUCAGCUGAUUGGAUCCAUGCUUUGGUUCUCUGUCACUGUUCUCUCUUUUUCACAACGAGAAUCGAUCAAAAGCAAUCUAUCUCGACUUGUGCUGACUACAUGGUUAUGUGUAGUUGUGAUUGUCACAGCUUGCUUUACUGCACUUCUUUCCUCCAUCAUGACGGUUCCUAGGCUGGAACCUUCAGUACUAGGUGUCGAUUAUCUUAUAAAGACUAAUGCUGCAGUUGGUUGCAACAACAAGUCAUUUAUAAUCAGAUAUCUGGUGAAUUUGCAAUUCAAGCCAGAGAACAUCAAGGAAAUCAGUUCAUUCAGUGACUAUCCUAAAGCUUUUGAGAAGGGAGAAAUUUCUGCUGCUUUUUUUGAAGCUCCACAUGCCAAAGUUUUCCUUGCCAAGAACUGCAAAGGUUACACCAAGUCAGGACCUGUCUAUAAACUUGGCGGAUUUGGCUUUGUAUUUCCAAAGGGUUCUCCAUUAGUAGUUGAUAUCUCAGAAGCUGUUCUUAAAGUCACGCAGAGUGGAGAGAUAAAUCAACUAGAAGAACAAAUGCUUAUUUCUUCAAAUUGUUCUUCUCCAUCAGCUGAGGAACAGGGUCCUGGAUUAGGACCAGAGUUGUUCUCAGGUCCAUUACUGAUUUCAGGUGUUAUAUGUGGGAUUGUACUUUUGAUCUCAAUCGCUCGUUUUGUCAGAAAAUACUGGCUAUAUAUAAGCUCUAUAAUUGCAAAUAAUGCAAAACCAGCUCUUAGAUGGGCUUCUCUGGUUCUAACUCGGUGCUAUACAAGAAUAGUAAGACCAAGAUCAGUUAAAGAUAGCAACACUGUGAUUGAACAAAGACCAAAUGCUCAACAGAAUGUUGAAAUUACAGAGGUAUUUUGAUGGGCCAAAAGCUGGUAAUCAUGGACAGCAAUUUGACCAACUGCUACUUUUCUCUCGUCCAAUAAUCGAAUGUGCUUUUGAAAAUAUAUUUCUUACUUUAUCAAGAUCGCAUUUGUACUGAGUUGAAUAAAAUCUUUGUGCAAUAUGAAUGAUACAUUUUGGAGGCACUACUUGCUUUGUCUUGAUUCUCAAGGCGUUUGGUGAUUAACAAAUGAAAUGUAUGAGUAUGGUUAGAGUCCAAAUGGGCUUGAUAAUUAGUAUGUGUAAUUGAACUUAUAUAUUAUUGGGCUGAAUCUGAUAAGAACCCAAGUAAUUGUGGGUGCGGUCCUAGUUCCGGCAGAAACAUUUAAGGGAUUGUUGAGGUAUGGAUGUUGGGCAAAAUUUUUCCAGCAUAUAUGAAUGAUAAACAAGUCUUACCAUUAGCAGAUUCUGAAAGAGGAGCAAAUUUGACACAAUGAAGAAUCAAUGUCUGGACCUCCCAAUCGACCAACCCUCUCCAAUCCCGAACCCGAUGGAUCAUUUCAACCCAACUAUCUCCAAUACUGAACCCGAUGGAUCAACCUCUUUCCGACAUAUGAAAGAGGGGGUUUCACUAAGUGAAUGCUAAACUUGCAAUGCAUAUUUGCUUGCUCACUUGUCCCAAAACUCCACUCUUUUUUCUCCACUGUUUCAACUUCUGGAUGCACUAGCAACCGUGACUCUUUUUAGGGAUGCAGCCCAUAAACUCCUGGUCCCAUAAACCAGCAAACUAUUCACACUGAUAGCAUAAAAUCAGCCUCGACAAACUCUAGCUUUACUAUUUAUGCAGUAAAACUGACUCACCCUCGCGCUAACGGUAAAAAAACAAUACCUACCUGACUCAGAAUCAAUGUCUCGGCAGAAGCUUCAAAACCUAAAUCAUAUGUCGGUAUUCCUACACAAGCAGAUUUCUUACAACCAUGAUAUAAACUUCUAAUACUCGGGCAUCACAGUAGCAUCAUCAAUCCCAAAAGUAGUUUGCUAUCUAUCGGAGCGGCAAUCUAGCAAGCAACUAGAUACUACAAAGUACAGAGUGUUGCUUAUACAGAAAAUAUGCCAUUACACAACGCUGCUUAUAGAGAAUAUAUGAUGCCAUUACACAAUGGUUACCAGCAAGCCGAUAUAGACAUCCAGUAUAUACUGUUACUGGUUCUGAAGAAAAUGUAACCUCAGACCAGACAAUAACUGUCAUUCCAUCCAAGGAAGAAUCCUAAAUGACAAUUAGACUGCCAAGAAUAUCUAAGACAGUUUUCCAAAAUAUUAAGGUGGGGAUAAAAGUGUAUACAACAAGUCAGUUGACCAGGACAUAGGACAUAAACAUUGGCCAAGACAUGUACAUUA